AUGGUGACCAGUUUCCGCCGCUCUCUCUCCUUCCCCAACCCACCCUCCCAAAACCCACCCAAACCCAAAAAAUCCCUCCACAUCAGAUCCACCAGUCUCCCGUGCGCCCGCUCUCACCCGAUCAUUUCGAACCUCCAACACCACAUCUCCGAUCUCCACCACUUCUGGCCCGCCCACACCCACGCCCCCACCUCCGUCUGGCUCUGCGACGGCCUCCGCCGCCUCAAAUCCCUCCAUGACUCCCUCGACGACCUUCUCCACCUCCCCCAGACGCGCGACUCCCUCCGCGGCAGCACCGAAUUAUACUCCAACCUUCUAGAAGACUUCCUCCGCUUUGUCGACGUCCACGGAACCUUCCAGACGCUUCUCCUCCGCCUCAAGGCGGACCACUCGGCCGCCCAGAUCGCCGUCCGCAGGAAGGACACCGCCGCCCUCGCCAUCUACUCCAGGAAUCUCAGCAAAGUCGCCAAGGAGAUCGGAACACUACAACAAAAAAAACUUGCAAAGCUAUCCUUCACCUUGGCUUCCGUCCGGAAAUCGGCGCCCUACGGCGAGGAGGCGGAGCUCAUGGCUGUGAUCAAUGACGUGGUGGAGGUGACGGUGACGGUGUCGAAUGCAGUUUUUGGCGCGAUUUCGAACUCGGGGGCGUUUCGGAAGCUGCCUUCGUGCAUGGGGCUGAAUUUUGGGAAGAAAAUAAAACACGCGAAAGUUGAGGGGGGGAUUUGCGAAUUCCAAGAAUUGGAUUUGGGAAAUUUGAGGAGGAAAGGGGAGGAAGAGGUGAAGAUUGCGUCCAAGAAAAUGCAUGAAAUGGAAGAUCGGAUUUUGGAGAUUGAAGAAUGUGGAGAGAGGGCGUUUCGGAGCUUCAUCAACACUAGGGUGUCAUUGCUUAAUGUACUUACACAGUAGCCUAUUAAACAUUUUAGAAACAAUAUUUACAGUUUGGAAUUUGAUUUUUAUUAUACUGUAUAGUUAUGAUUUACACAGAUGGUGAUUGAGAUUUUUUGCCUU